AUGAAAUUAUUUAUCUGUCUUGCCACAUUGUUGGUGGCUUCAGCCUACGCUGAAACUGCUGCCAAAAAAUCCCUCAACGAAAAGAAGGUACCACUCGAAAAGAAAUUGGACAAACGUGGCCUUCUAGAAUUGGGUUAUGGUUAUGGUCACUCCGGUUUGGAUUUAGGCUAUUUGGGACAUGGUUCAAUUACCUCCGGCCAUGGUUAUGGUUAUGGCAGCAAUGCCAUUAUUGGUCAUUCGGGCCCAGCUGUUGCUUAUGGUCACAGUGCACCACAAGAAUUUUUGAUUAGUCAAAUGGCUGAUGUCCAUAAGACCAUCACCAUUACAAAGGGUGUUCCUGUACCAGUAACCGUUGAUCGUCCCUACCCUGUGGAGCAUAUUAAACAUGUACCCGUUGAGGUUAAGGUACCCGUACCACAACCCUAUGAAGUUAUUAGAAAGGUACCCGUUCAUGUUAAGGAAUACGUUAAAGUACCCGUCCAUGUUCCCCAACCCUAUGAAGUUAUCAAGAAGGUUGAAGUACCCGUCCAUGUUCCUGUCGAUCGUCCUUAUCCCGUUAAGGUUCCAGUGCCACAACCCUAUGAAGUGAUUAAGCAUGUGCAAGUGCCCGUUAAGGUUCCCGUACCACAACCCUAUGAAGUGGUGAAACAUGUCCAGGUUCCCGUUAAGGUACCAGUGCCAGUACCCCAACCCUAUGAAGUUAUUAAGCAAGUUAAGGUCCCCGUCCAUGUACCAGUUGAUCGUCCAGUCCCUGUUGCUGUACCUAAACCUUACCCCGUCACUGUGGAGAAACCCUACCCUGUUGUCUAUGAGAAACAGGUGCGUGUUGAGGUACCCGUACGCGUUGACCGUCCCUACCCAGUGCCUGUAGAUCGUCCCUACCCCGUUAAGGUACCUGUGCCAGUUCCUCAACCCUACACCGUUGAGAAGCCAGUGCCCUAUGCUGUAGAUCGCCCAGUGCCUGUACCAGUCAAGGUUGAGGUGGAUCGCCCCUACCCAGUACAUGUCACCCGCCCCGUGCCCGUUCAUGUUGAGAAGCCAGUACCCGUGCCCGUAGGUGUACCCGUUGUUGCUGGCCACUCCGUUGUUCAACAUGGCGCCGCUGUGGUGUCUGCCCCUGCUGCCGUUAGCUAUGGUGGCGGCUACGCUGUCUCUGGUGGUGGUUAUGGUCACGGCGGUUAUGGAGGCUAUGGUCAUGGUGGUGCCGUCUAUGAAUCCCAUGGAGGUUAUCAUCACAAAAAGAAGUAA